GCAGGCGAACGCUGCCCGCCGGAGAGUGAGGGCCCCCGGGCCGGGCCAGGACGCGCGUCCCGCUUGCAUGGCUCGCGUGCGCUCCGCGCGGAGGGACUUUGGCACCGCGGCGCCCGUGGCCUCGCCGAAGAAACUUUUCUCCCUGGCGAUCCCGUCGGGGGACCUGUGAGCGGAGCCCGCGCCUCCGCCUGCCCGGCGCCGAGUUUGCGAGCAUGAGCCGGGAGAGAAGCACCCCCGCGCCGCCUUGCUAUGGAGUUUCGCCUCUUCGCUCGGUCGCGUCCCGCCGGGUUUUACCCCCCUUAAGGCGCCCGGCCGGCCGGGGAACAGAAGCGCCCAGGUGCGCCUUUAGCCGGCGCUGAAGGACUUUGGGGUGACUGGCUUGGCGGGGCUCGGAGCGGACUGCGAGGGGGCGCCUCGUAUCAUGUGCGCCUUGGGCGACGCUGCUGCUGCUGCUGCUACGGGGACCCCCCGGCUCUCCUUCCCGGGACUCGAUCCGAAGACCUAAACCCAGCGCGCUCCCCCCCCCCCCGGGAGGCAGCGCCGCCUUCCCCCAUGGCCGGCCUCCGCGACGCGUGGCUGAGCCUCUUGCUGCUGCUGCUUCAGGCUCCCGCUCCGUCGGCGGCCGCCUCCAAGGCCAUCGUGUGCCAGGAGAUCACGGUGCCCAUGUGCAAGGGCAUCGGCUACAACCUGACCUACAUGCCCAACCAGUUCAACCACGACACGCAGGACGAGGCCGGGCUGGAGGUGCACCAGUUCUGGCCCCUGGUGGAGAUCCAGUGCUCUCCGGACCUCAAGUUCUUCCUGUGCAGCAUGUACACGCCCAUCUGCCUGCUGGACUACGCCAAGCCGCUGCCUCCGUGCCGCUCGGUCUGCGAGAGAGCCAAGGCGGGCUGCUCUCCCCUCAUGCGGCAGUACGGCUUCGCCUGGCCCGAGAGGAUGAACUGCGACAAGCUGCCCGUCCUGGGCGACGCCGAGAUGCUGUGCAUGGAUUACAACCGCACCGAGGCCGCCACCACUUUGCCCCCCUUCCUCACCAAGCCCACCCGCCCCUCCAAAGGUGCCCACAGGAACCUGACCCCGCUGAACGGGGCCGGCUGCAAGCGGGCGUGUGAGUGCCGGGAGCCCCUGGUCUUCAUCUCCGAAGAGUCCCACCCGCUCUACAACAAGAUUGAGACAGGCCACGUCCGCAACUGCGCCGUCCCUUGCUUCCAGCCCUACUUCACCCAGGACGAGAAGACCUUUGCCACCUUUUGGAUAGGCCUGUGGUCUGUCCUCUGCUUUAUCUCCACCUUCACCACAGUGGCCACCUUCCUGAUUGACAUGGAGAGAUUCAAGUACCCGGAGCGCCCCAUCAUCUUCUUGUCCGCCUGUUAUCUCUUCGUCUCCAUCGGCUACAUCAUCCGGCUGGUGGUGGGCCACGCCAGCGUGGCUUGCAAUAAAGAUUACAACCACAUACACUACGAGACCACGGGCCCCGCCCUCUGCACGGUGGUCUUCCUCCUGAUCUAUUUCUUUGGCAUGGCCAGCUCCAUCUGGUGGGUCAUCUUGUCCCUCACCUGGUUCUUGGCUGCCGGGAUGAAGUGGGGCAACGAAGCCAUUGCUAGCUACUCCCAGUAUUUCCACAUGGCCGCCUGGCUCGUCCCCAGCGUCAAGUCCAUCGCGGUGCUGGCCCUGAGCUCGGUGGAUGGCGACCCGGUGGCCGGCAUCUGCUAUGUGGGCAACCAGAACCUAGACAAGCUGCGGGGUUUCGUCCUGGCUCCCUUGGUGGUGUACCUGUUCACAGGGACCAUGUUUCUGCUGGCCGGUUUUGUGUCCCUCUUCAGGAUCCGGAGUGUGAUUAAGCAAGGGGGCACCAAAACAGACAAGCUGGAGAAGCUGAUGAUCCGGAUUGGCAUCUUCACGGUGCUCUACACGGUCCCGGCCACCAUAGUGGUGGCCUGCUACAUUUAUGAGCAGCACUAUCGGGAACGGUGGGAGACGGCGCAAAACUGCUCUUGCCCUGGGGAGAAGCCCAAGGUCAAGCCUGACUAUGCUGUCUUUAUGCUGAAGUACUUCAUGUGCCUGGUGGUGGGAAUCACCUCGGGGGUCUGGAUUUGGUCGGGGAAGACCCUCGAGUCUUGGAGACGCUUCACAAGCAGGUGCUGCCGGAGCGGGAAGCCUGGGAGCACCGGCAUGUACAGCGAAGCGAGCGCAGCUCUGACGGCCAGGAGUGGGCUGCCCAACCCUGCUCCUUACCACAAACAAGUCCCACUGUCCCACGUCUGAAAAAAAGGGAGGGGGAGCAAAAAAACCCCAAAGCACCUUACUUGGUCGUAGUUGGGAGCAGGUAAGCACAGUGUGACUUGAGCUCCCAACUGCAAAAAGGUUUUGAAAUAACCCCUGGAGCUUUGUUUUUUAACCUGUCAUUUGGUCUGUCUGUUGUGAAACUCUUUGCUCCAUCUCCUCUUUUGGAGACACAAAAGAGGGGUGUGUUAAUGGGGGGGGGGAAAUGGACACAUUGCUUUGCCCAUAUUG